CAAUCCAUCUAUUCACCGCUCUCCGCAACUCGCUCUCAAAACAAACGCACUGCAGCCGUAGAUGCUUGCAAUACGUUAUUCCAGGCGCUCUGUCCUUCGCCUCACUCGAAAUUUUCCUCAUGGGACCCUUCAACCCGAGAACGAUCUCCCUUAUGCCGAAUCCAGUUCUGCCUCGUCUCGUCGGCAUAUGUCCGUAUCCCUUCGGUCCGACGGACCCCAGUCACCGGGAAAGGUAGGAAAUGCAAUUGCGCACAAGGGUCAUAAAUCAAACUUCGCUCGCCGUCAAAUCAUCGCCAAUGCCAAGCGGUUAGCAGAUGCACUGAAGGAUGGCUCUUCAAACACACCUCCACAGUUACCUCCAUCAUCCGACGCUAAAUAUUGGUCUGAUUUUCUACAAACACCAGUAACUUCAUCUCCCAACCCUUCUCCAACUCUGGAUGAUCUUUUGUCUAAGCAACCUACUGAACCGCCUCUCAAACCUUGGCACCCUGAUUACCCUCGGUUAUACAAACGACUUUACGACUCUAUCCAUACUGCAUUCUUGACGAAACAACUCAAAUCAUUUGCACGCGAACUGGGGUUAAACUACGUUGGGGGAAAAGGUGUCAGUAAGGCAGCCGUCAUCAAGAGAAUAAUGAGUACUUGGGAUUGGGUUGAACCGAGGGAUGAACCAAGGGAACCGCCUCCCAAAACUGAAGUGUAUGAACUUUCAUCUUCCGAGCUGUUCCUUUUUCUGCGCGAUAAUGCUCUCAUUCAACGGUUUGCUCAAUACGAGAACCUCCAACUGUCCGUAAUGCGCGCCAGUGAAGCUCCCCAAUCUCCCUUUCAGACAUCUCAACCAGGCGAUGAGAACCGAAUGGUCUUGGUUGCGAAGGGUAGAAAUGAGAGUUGUAACACUUUACGAGAAGUGUUGGACGAAAGGCGCAAGUCUAUCGUGACAAUUGAGUUUUCUAGAGAUGACGUACUGGGUCUGGAAGCCACUGUUGGGCUCCUCCAAACAAUCUCCAACGCCGCUGGAGCCUAUGUGGAGCUCACAGCAGAGGGCAUGUACCGAGCAACCGCCCUAAGCGAAGACGCAGCAGAGGCAUCCAAACGCAUGUUGGGAGUGGCAGCUCUCAGAACAAGUGUUUUGCCUCGUCAUCGACCUUUGCAAAACGUCCGCCCGGCUGUAGCUCACUUUCUUUCACAUAACCCAGCCUCAGUUCUUGAUCCUCGACAGGACACAUACGGCCUCUAUCCCUUUUUCCCUUCAAACACCGAGCCUCUCCCAUGGGAUCUCUCUGCCACCACUAUUGGCAGCCACUUUUGCCGUUUGGAAAAAGUGAAGAAGUGGGAUGGAAGCCCUAGCUCUAGAGCAACCGAGCAAAUGGCUGAAAAGAUGGAAGAUCGAUUGGUUUCCUAUCCUCUAUCCAGCAGCGAGAGGGGUGAAAAGGGGCGGUUGAAGGUGGUAAUCGAAGAGCUCGUACAGAACAGAGGAAAGCUGGUUGCCAAAUUUGGUCAUUUACUUCUUCCUGUAGUGACACAAGAUGGGAAGAAUGCCUUGUGGGAUUCACCGUUACCUGGGCAAUGGCAGGUGGAGAACCUUGAGCGAUGGGUACGAGAGGAUCAGUCCAGGAGAUUCAUCUUCUCUCCUAGUCUUACACCUGUCAUGGUCCAACACCCGCCUUUCAACCCUCCUACCAAACUUCAUCGAUUACGCUACCGCUCACACCCUUCAUCCUCCACUAAUGAAUCCCGCUAUCUCAAAUUUGAUUACACCCUUCAAAUACGGUGGCAGGAUCGAUUUGCCAAACUUGUGGAUCAUCUAGAAAAGACUGCAAUAGGUGAAGGCGUGGAGUUCGAGACAGAAGUGAAGGCAAUGGAGAGUGUAGAGCAAGAAGUGAUCGAAGAGGUGUCUGAGGCGGCUGAAGCUGCAAAGCAAGAAGUGAUCGAAGAGGUGUCUGAGCCAGUUGAAGCUGCAAAUCAAGAAGUGACCGAUCAAGAGGGUGAACCUUCUACGGUGGAAGAUAAGCUUAAGAGCGAAAUGGGUAUUCUUAACGAAGUCGAUCUUUUCCUUCCUGAUAGACCAACGGACGUCCAAUUAAUCGCCAGUGCUCCUCUACCCUUUACCGACAUUCCCAUAGCAAUCAGUUCGUUCUUCAACAUUUCUCAAGCUUCCACCGAAUCUUCGUCACCGCAACCUCCAAUUUCAUUAGAGAUAGAUGGUGUAGUGUAUUACUUGGAGGCGGACGAGUACAUUGAAGAGGUAACCCAAAUUGAGGAAGGGGUUGUGAUCAGAAGUGUGAAGGCUACAGAGUUGAAUGGCAGGACGAUUGCUUAUUCUGAGAUUGAGAGCUCUGCAACGGAUGGGAUCCCGUCACAAUUUUGGCGACAAUUAUCCAGUAUAUCUAGGGACGUCACACCUGAAAUAGCUUCUUCAAGGCCUUCCCCCUCUGUACAGUAAAUAGCACUUUGCCUUGUCACAACCACCAUACUGGGUAUCGGUAUCGCAUAAAAUGCAUAUGCUACAUCUCCGUCU